GUUCUCUAGUCUAUGGUGCAGCUUCGACAGCGCUUCUCUGACGUGGUACGUCGGAAACGCCGAGGUAGGAGCUAGCUAAAACAGCCAGAUCUCAUCGUCUGCCGCGUCGUGCUUCGUCGUCAGCCGAUAUUCGUGUUCGUUUUGGCGGAAGGGAAUGCCUAGGCGCUGCUUCGCGCAAGGCUGUCGUAACAAAGGCGCCGGCCGUGACACGCCGUCGCACAUGUUUCCCAGAGACGAGAAGCUGCGUCAACUGUGGAUACGGGCUGUUCAGCCAUCCCGCCCAGGCUGGACACCUGGAAAACAUGACUUUGUCUGCUCGGAACACUUCUGCGACGACGAUUACAGGACCAGCCCAACGCUGCUGAAAAGCCUCGGCAUGUCGCUCAGAUGGCAACGUCUAAAGCCUGAUGCUGUGCCCUCGCUCUUACCGCGCAACGUGGAAAGGAUGAGCGAUGCGUUUAAGGAGAGGAGGCGGAAAGAAAUCAUUGAUCAAAUAUUGAAAGAGCAGUCAACCAAUGGAGAAGCCUGCUGUACCGGAGCAGUUCACAUCAGGAAACUGCAGUGUGAUGCUGGCAAGACGCCUAUCACUUCAAUCACUGGAGCAGUUUUCUGUGAAUGUGGUGAGGAGGCAUGUAAAAAUAGCAGGGAGAAAGUGGAAUGUGCACCACAUCAAAGAAUGUGCCCUGAAGUAUUGUGCCAGAUGUUUUCACCAGAAGCUCAUGCCGCCAAUGCAAGAGAAAUGGCACCAAAAACACUUCAGACUGAUGCAGCUGUUCAGGCAUCAUUAAUCCACAGACAUCAGGGAUCACAGGUGAAUAUUCGAGGCAAGUCUUGUGGCGUCCAGACUAGCUGCUUUAGGCUACCUUGAUCUUCAAUAC